AUGUCAGGCUUCGGCGACUUCACCAACAUCUGCCAUAUGGCGCCGCUGCCAUUGUGCGCAUCCAUCGGCCCCAUUACGGAGGUGACGAGCGGCGUUGGUAUUGAGCCGGACUGCUAUGCGAGGAAUAUCGAGCUGGCAAACACCAUCAUUUUCGAGGGUGCCGCCAGCGCCAUGCAUAUUGUGUCUUUGCUCAUGACAGUCGUCAUGAUCUUGCACAUUCGCGGCAAGUUCACUGCUGUCGGCCGCAAGGAAAUCCUCAUGUUCUUCUACAUCUACAUGCUUCUGAGUUUCAUCUCACUUUGCGUCGACGCAGGUGUCGUUCCCCCUGGGUCCGCCCCCUACCCGUACUUCGUGUCAGUUCAAAACGGCUUGUCAUCGGCUCUGAUUACUUGCCUGUUGAUCAACGGCUUUGUUGGCUUCCAGUUGUACGAGGACGGCACUUUCCUCUCAGUCUGGCUCUUGCGCGUCUGCUCUCUGGUGGCCUUUGCGAUAUGCUUCCUCGUCUCCCUUGCGACCUUCAAGUCAUGGGCUGGCCUGGGUCCCACCAACACCGUCGGCCUGUUCGUCGUCCUGUACUUGCUCAACGCCAUCGAGCUCUUCGUCUACGUUGCCCUGCAAAUCCUCCUCGUCGUUAGGACUCUCCAGGACCGCUGGCCGCUGGGUGACAUCGCCUUUGGUAUAUUCUUCUUCGUCGUUGGCCAAGUGAUCCUGUACGCCGUGAGCACUCAGAUUUGCACCGCCGUCAGCCACUACCUCGACGGCCUUUUCUUCGCCACUAUCUGCAACCUGCUGGGUGUCAUGAUGGUGUACAAGGUAUGCAAACUUGAGAAUCUUGAAAUGACGGCAUUUACUGAUCCGCUACUACAGUACUGGGACUCAAUUACCCGCGAGGAUCUCGAGUUCUCAGUUGGAACUAGGAUGAACAACUGGGAGGUCAAGGAGCUGCUGCCAGAGGAGGAUCGUCGAGCGACUGUUUAUGACAACGACCCCUACAACCACGCUGGUGGAUACGAUCACUCCUACUCGCCCUCUCCAGCACCGGCACGCUACUCCGCAAGGUACUAA